CCUAAACAGCCCGGGCCCCCUGUCGACGCUAGCAGACGCAAGCUGCAACAACAUACGCCCCCGGAAGCUCUCCUAUCAAAGGCCAUGACCGCCAACCUGGGAAAGUAGGGGAAAAAAAUAAAAAUAAAAAAUAAACUAACUCCAGCCUCCUGACGCAAAACCUACGACCACUCAAAUCCAAUAACUACCUACCUACUUACCUACCUAUCUACCUAACCUUACUUACCUCUUUAUCGACAAAGCGUCUGCCUGUCUGCCUGUCUGCCUGCACGAACGACGAAGGCCCAUCCCAUCUCCGCAUCGUAUUUUCCUUUCCACCUUUCCUCCGAAGCUAUACGGAAUACACAACAGCAGACAGACACCCAUCUCGCGCCUUCUUCAUUGAAAAAGCCCGCACGCCGACACCGUACCUCUAUUAUAUACGAAAUCUAUUUAAUCUAUCGCAAAGAUGGAUUUCUCCGACUCUUUUCGAAUCGUCAACCUCGCGGUGGGCGUGAUUAUGGUGCUGGGCGGAAUAUCGCAGUUCUUCAACCUCGGCUUCCAAUCCAUCAUAAUCGGCGCCUACGUCCUCAUCUUCGGCCUGGCCGUCGCCCUCCUCGAGUUCCAGAUCCCCCCGCAAGUCUCGCGCUACGCCUCGUUUAUGUUCUCCUUCAUCGGCCGCGGCAUCUUCUACGUCUUCGUCGGCUCCAUCCUCUUGAACAACGGCGUCUUGCGCAUCAUCGCCGGUUCUAUCGUCGGUCUCGUCGGCCUCGGUUAUAUCGCGCUCGAGUUCGUCCCCUCUGUUGAGCCCCCUGCCAACAUGCGCGAGGCCGAUGCUGGCUGGGGUGCCGAGCAGGUAUAAUAGACCCCGAUCAUCUCUAGCAUCUCUGCCUUCUCGCCUGGACCGGCAACGGGUGGGUGUUACUCUCUAACCCUAAGGCGUCCAUCUUGCCAAUUUCUUGUUUCUUGGUCGAGGUUGAUCACGUAGAAGUUGAAGUGAGGAAUUCUAUUGGAAUGAAAAUGUUUAGAAAGUUAACUCGUUCGGUAAGGGGGAUGGCUGGGCCGGUUGUGAUAACUUAUAUGUACGAAUAACGGCAGGGAAUGAGUUCUGUCAUGUAUAACCAAAUCAUGUGUUACGCAAGACUGGAUAUUUACCUGGUGCGAGAUGAUUGGUGAGAACGGGGUAAAUAUAUUAAAACACUGUUCUUGCUAUACGUUU